AUGUCGCGCACCAUCCCGUUCGCACCUCGCAACCUGCACUGUAUUCUUGUAUUUGUACUUCUACAACUCAAUGGGUUGAUUCUUUCAGUCAUCAGCGCUGCGUAUGCACGUUCCAUUGCUAUCGAGAGGCGAACGGUGCACUAUUCUGCCACAAGCCAGCACCAUCACAUCAUAGCAACCAUGUCAGGUGGUCGCAGCUGCGCGAGGGUGUACCCUGGUGCCAACGAAAAGUUCGGACGACCGUGGUGGGACUACGACAACCUUGCAGUCCAGUGGGGAACGCAGGACAACUACGAGAUUCUUCGAAAAGUAGGAAGAGGCAAGUACUCAGAGGUGUUUGAAGGCGUCAACAUCGCUUCGGCGUCAGGCGUGCCGGAGAAGUGCAUCAUCAAGGUGCUCAAGCCCGUCAAGAAGAAGAAGAUCAAGCGAGAGAUCAAGAUCCUUCAAAACUUGGCGGGAGGCCCCAACGUUGUCGGGCUGUUGGACGUGGUACGCGAUCCGCAAUCCAAGACACCUUCCAUUAUCACCGAGUACAUCAACAACACCGACUUCAAGAUCCUCUAUCCAAAAUUCACCGACUUUGACGUGCGUUUCUACAUCUUUGAGCUGCUCAAGGCGCUCGACUUUUGCCAUUCGCGCGGUAUCAUGCACCGCGACGUCAAGCCGCACAACGUCAUGAUCGACCACGAGAAGCGCAAGUUGCGAUUGAUCGAUUGGGGUCUCGCCGAGUUCUACCACCCGUACACCGAGUACAACGUCCGCGUAGCGUCACGAUACUUCAAGGGCCCCGAGCUGCUGGUCGACUUCCAGGAGUACGACUACUCGCUCGACAUGUGGAGUUUGGGAUGCAUGUUUGCCAGCAUGAUCUUCCGCAAGGAGCCCUUCUUCCAUGGACACGACAACUACGACCAGCUAGUCAAGAUUUGCAAGGUGCUCGGAACGGACGAGCUGUAUGCCUACCUGGAGAAGUACGACAUUGACCUCGACCCACAGUACGACGACAUUCUGGGACGAUACCAGCGCAAGCCAUGGAGCCGGUUCAUCACGUCGGAGAACCAACGAUACAUUUCGAACGAUGCGAUCGACUUUUUGGACAAGUUGCUGCGCUACGAUCACCAGGAACGUCUCACGGCCAAGGAGGCGCAGGACCACCCGUACUUUGAGCCUGUCAAGGCCGCUGCUGCGCGUGAUUGUGAGCAGCACCUGAAGUCGACCGUGGACACGGGACUGUUGCUGUCAGGCUUAGAUGCGAAGGACGACUCCUCGGAGUUGCUUCCAUUGUUGGUACGCCGAGGGUUAACGUCCGAAGGUCGUUGCAUCUGGCAACCACUUGACGAGCUCGACUCCUGUCGUCGAGCUAUCGAGGCGACACACAGACUUCUCGAGGAUCGAAACUUGUUAGGUUGUGCUGGCGUCGCGUGUGUGGGUUGUCAGCUUUCUGUGAUGCGGAAAUUGGGAGACAAGCAAACGUGCAUGAGCGAGCGCCUGGAUCUUCGUUCUACAUGGCAUGACAGCUCUCGGGCCGCGCGCCGUCUCGAAAUUUUCGGAGCUAGCAGAGAACGUGGUGCGGUCCACACAUGCACAUCCUAUAUCAACGCUAGUAGGUCACCCUUGACCGUCACUGCUCUGACAACCACCAACUCGCCACUCAGCAUGUCGGCGAAAUCCAUACCAGCGCAGCAGCCACUCGAAGGCAGCAAGAUGAAGGAGACGGCGGCUGCAGCUCCAGCCAUUCCAUCGCUUCAAUCCGCCGCGUCGAGCUCCCACGACAUCCCUACGUAUCCAACUUCCGACAUUGCCCAGCCAUCGGCGAGCACGGGCAUCCUGAAUCGUUCGACCGGCGCCAUGUCCAAUGCCAACACCGCUGCUCCUGUGUCCGCAGCAGUGGCGACGACGACGCCGACAGCAGCUCGAUCAAGAGUAUCGCUCUCGUAUGCUGCUGCCGAAAGACCUCAUCGCGAUCGAAGCGGCAAAGCAUCCGGCACCGCAGAUGCUCACGAUCAAGACCUCGAGGAUCCAACACGCUCUUCACGCUCCAGAUCCGCAGCGAGAUCGCAUCGUCGAUCACAGUCGGGGAAACGGAGCUUCAGCCGGUCCCGGACCAGCUUUGAUGCUGCAGCCACUCGCACAAGCGGAGCCAUCCGUCGAUCUCUUUCCAUCGGUAGACCGUCACAGUCCGGACCCAUCGACCCUAUGCAAGAACCACGUAGAUCGAUUAGCAAGCGUCCCGAUGAGCUGCACCUGGGCGAGCGCGAUCCACACAAGGUCAAAGAGCCCAAAGGUGAACGCUACCGACGCGCCAUCCCCUUUGCCGCCCCUUACGCGCGGUCCGGCAUCGUCAUUGACCAACCUGCAUCAUUGCGCGACUGGAUCGUUCCUGGACCGUUGACGUUCGGCCACGGUCAGUGGUGGUACUUGGUAUGUGGACAGAGUAUCGUAGCAGCCAUCAUUUCGGGCGCCAUCAACUUUGCAGUAGCUGUGGCGUUGUAUCGCUCGCAGCCGACGAUCAACAUUUGGACCUUCGACCGACAGACAGUGGCGGGUGAUAUGGGUGUCACGGUGAUUAUUCAACAGAUCGUCUCGUUCAUCAUCACGUCUUCGCUCGUGCAUCACGAUCUGUACGCUGGACCUAUCGGACCGCUACGACGUCCCUGGCCACCUCUUCUGCAUCUUCCUUCAACGCCGAAACCGGAGGGACACUGGCUCGGAACACGCAUGCCAGAGGACGUCGACCGUGAAGGACAGAGCUGUCGAAUGGGUCAGUCCGCGUCCAAAUCCAGAGUCAACGGGUGGUGGUGGUGGUUCGUGCGAGCCGUGCUCACCGGUUCGGAGCGGAACGAUCUGCUGGCUGCGGGCAUCUCGUGGCGACAACGACUGGAGCGACUCAUCUGGACAGCGGCACAAGGGUUCUUCCUCUGCUGCCUCACCUUCUGGUGGUACUGGCCACUGGCCAUCGCCAUCGUAGCACCGAUCUACGAGGAUCGAGAACUGGCACACACGUGGAUCCCCAUGAUCAUCAAAUUGCUCUUCGGCGCGAUCCUAUCGCUGCUCACAAAUCCGAUCAUGGCGUUGAUGGCGAUGGGUGCAGAGUCGUCUGUCAGGAGGUGCUAUCCUGAGCUGGAGAUUUGGCAGCCAUUCGGUGGCAAGGAGGACUUUGAACAGUGGAAAGUAGAGCAUGGCGUGACGGAUGUGGAGGCGGGAGAGGUUGGGGUGGGAGAUGCUCAGGAGACAGCGGUCAAUAGUCGAACAGGGUCGGACGAUGCAGUGCCGACGCAGGGUGAGAAGCCUGGCGAGUAUCAGUCGGCGAAUUUGCUCGACAGGAGCAUCACGGAGGAGCCGAAUUCUGCAGCGACGAAGGAAGCGCAUUAG